GAAAUUCGAAAUACGCGUCGUCUAUUUUGUUUUUGAAAUUUCGUUUGUUGUUUUCUUCAGAAAAAAACAGCUGAUAUCAAGAGUAGGCCAGUGACAACAAAAAAAGCCGGCUAUCAAGCUAUAAUUUUACAACCUUUAAACAUGACGUCUGUAUCUAACUCUGAGAAUUUGUCACCACAAGUAUUACGUGAGGUGGCAAAGCAAUUACAUGUGUUGCAAACAGAGGCUCCAGAAGGAAUUAAAAUCUUUGUAAAUGAAGGAGAUAUGACAGAUAUACAAGCAUCAAUAGAGGGUCCUGCCGGCACACCUUAUGAGGGAGGCCUAUUUAAAAUGAAAUUGGUUUUGGGAAAAGACUAUCCACAAUCACCACCCAGAGGUUUCUUUUUAACAAAAAUCUUUCAUCCAAAUGUGUCAGCAAAAGGAGAAAUUUGUGUUAACACACUAAAAAAAGAUUGGAAGGCUAAUCUUGGUUUAAAGCACAUUCUCAUAACCGUAAAAUGUUUAUUGAUAUAUCCAAACCCUGAAUCUGCGUUAAAUGAAGAAGCAGGGAAAUUAUUACUCGAACAGUAUACGGAAUAUUCAAAACAAGCGAAAUUGAUGACCGAAGUAUAUGCACGUCCUCCAAAGUCCAGUCAAGCUGCAUGUGAACAGAGCGUUUCUUCUAAAUCUUCAGCACUAAGUAAAAAACGUGCAGCAGAGAAACUUGACAAAAAGAAAUUAGAAAAGAAACGUGCCCUGAAAAGGCUAUAAUGCUUGGAGAGAGUUAGAAUUGUUAAUAAAGUUGUUGUUGUUUUUUGUACAAAAGAUUGUGUGAAAAUUGCACGUGAAUUCAAAUGGAAUUUUGAUUUAUAGAUCUUCAUGGAUACUUUUUGAAACAAUUUAGGUGUGGUUACAGAUGUUUCGUUUAUCGUUACCUUAAAAUCUAGAAAUUGUUCAUCUAUGCAUUCAUGUUUUAUGUUAUUUAAUUGUUUUUUAAUGUCAAAAUCAAUUAAUCGCUUUCUGAUUUUUUUUUUCUUUUGUUCUUUUGAACAAUUGACAUGCCUGUCUAAAGUUUAAUAUAAUCAUUGUUCCGUUAUUGCUGCUACCAUAUUCUGUAGUUGUUUUGGUGGCAGGAAUUAUGUAUAAAACAUGUUUCCAAUCUCACCUGAUUUUUUAUGUUGUAAUUUAUAUCAGUGUUUUUUUGUGUUUUUUCUUUUUUUUAGAGUUCUUGUUUCUGUUGAACACAUCAACCAGUUUCGUACAGUAUAUGACUCAUUUUCUUUAUUUCAAAAUUAUUUGUGGUACGAAUUUUUCAAAAAGUAUUGCUUGAAAUCUUAGCUGUAUAUAUAUGGAUGUAUAUAUAAUUUGUGUUUUCUUUUUAUUAUUCCACCCAAAGAUAUUUUCAUUAGAUGUUCAAUUGGAAAA